AUGGGCCUGGCCGGGGUUAUGGCGGCGGCCGUGGCGGUUUUGGAAAUGGCGGCGGCGGCGGUGGUGGGGGGUGGGAUGGGUAAUGGUGGUGGUGGAGGGUGGGGUAAUGGCGGCGGCAGUGGUGGUGGAUUUGGUUCUGGCGGCGGCGGUGGAUAUGGCUCCGGCGGUGGUGGCGGAGGCGACGGAUGGAGCAACGGAGGCGGGGGUGGUUCUGGUUCCGGGAUGGGAGGAUAUGGCGGUGGGUCGGGGUAUGGUGACAGUGGCGGCGGUGGCGGUGGGUCGGGAUAUGGUGACAAUGGCGGCGGUGGCGGAGGUGGUGGUGGUGGUGGUGGCGGAGGGUAUGGGAGGGGUGGUGUGUUCUUUGGGGGUCUAGGCAAGAAGUUAUGA